AUGUGCCAGCAGCUCACUGCUUUUAGCUCCUCAGUGCUAGUGCUGCUGGCUAAUAUGGUGGCGGCUAACAUGGUGGCGCUAACGUGCUGCCGGCUAACGUGCUGGUGGCUAACGUGCUGCUGGCUAACAUGGUGGCGGCUAACAUGGUGGCGGCUAACAUGGUGGCGGCUAAUAUGCUGCCGGCUAACAUGCUGCCGGCUAACAUUCUGGCGGCUAACAUGCUGCUGGAUAACAUGCUGCCGGCUAACAUGCUGCCGGCUAACAUGCUGCCGGCUAACAUGCUGCCGGCUAACAUUCUGGCGGCUAACAUGCUGCCGGCUAACAUUCUGGCGGCUAACAUGCUGCCGGCUAACAUGCUGCCGGCUAACAUUCUGGCGGCUAACAUGCUGCUGGAUAACAUGCUGCCGGAUAACAUGCUGCCGGCUAACAUUCUGGCGGCUAACAUGCUGCCGGCUAACAUGCUGCCGGAUAACAUGCUGCCGGCUAACAUUCUGGGUUGCUAUGUUCACGUCUGAGCCCUAG